AUGCUUGCGCUCAAGUUUACCAUGCACCGCUUCUCAUGCAGCGCCACGACGUUGGCUUCUCUUUUUGAACCAGACAGCAGGGGCCGCUUCAUCCCCGAGACGUCCUCUUUCGAGUGUGUUUGGACACGCGUGCCGCGUGCGGGCCAUCGUGGAGUUAACCCACUUCAUAUCAAGCAAGAAGGAACCACUACAAAAUCUUACUUUAAACCAUCUGGAUCGGAUAUGGUGCUAGACUUUUCGCAGGACUCUACCGUUCUUUAUGUUUCGGAUAGCGAUGUGGUGAUGUUUCAGCUUCGUCCGUUGGAGUAUCAACUGGGCGGUAUUCCUGUACUGGCAAAAGGCACACUCAAUCCCGUGCUUUAUAUGGAUAAACCAGGGAAAAACUACCUCAUUAGCAUGCGCGAUGCGUCAGAUCAGGUGCUGGGAACACUUUCUAUUUUCUUAAAAGUCGAGAUAGACAAAGGCUCAAACGAAAUAAACUCACUCAUAACGCAUCAUUAUGAUUAUCAACACUUACCCCAACUAUUGGACGGAAAUUCUUCAGCGGUGGUUAACCCUGAUUUAUCGCAUCUUAAUAAGUUGCCGUAUGACGCCUCCAUUGAUAGUUCCAGGUGUCAACUAAUGGAGAAGAGCGAUGAAGGAAAAAUGGAACAGCAGGGCCUUGAGCUGACUCUGGAAUACGUACGAUUAGACCCGGAUUCCGCUAAUAAUGGUAAUGCAUCACCUUUCCUUCAAAGGGCAGAGUACUACUUAAAGGUUCAAUACAGUACUAUCGCAUAUACCACCACUCCUGUACUAUGUGGCACACACAGCGAGAUUAACUUUUUACGACAAACAGUAUACCUCAUGUCGUUGUAUCGCGACAGUGAGAAAUUACGAUUUUCGCUUUGGGAAAACAACAGACAGAUUUCAGGGUUUUCUAUUGAUCUGACCAAGCUGCGUGUGGAGGCGGAUCGGCCGACAGAAUACACGGUGCCCUUUCGUUAUCACCCCACACAACAGACUGUGGUUCUUGGCUUUUCGGUUCGUAAAGUUGUGGGAGUCGGUGCAAAGGCUUUGCGGGGCUCACAGACGCUCUCUCGACCGGCCCCCAGCUUUGUCAUACCCUUACCUGACUUUUUGAAGUUUCAAGGAAGGGAUGCUUCUCACUCCUCCAGUUCAAGCGUUUUGAAGCGAGCAGCUGGGAGCAGCGCAUCCAACCGCCCAUCCUGUGAGCCUCUUUCACAAGAAGUGAAUAAUGCGAACGGGAUGUCAAGCUCGGUCCAUUUGACAUCUCCGAACCAAAGAUCCUGGGGAACUUUGAAAAGCAAAAAUGUCAACCGUAAUGGGACCUUUUCACAAGUUCGAAAAAUUGGAACAAGUUCGGGGAAUCCACCAAACAUCCACGUUUCCCCUGCGCCCGCCCCCGAUGCGGGGAAUGUGAAGGGGUGCACCCCGGAAGGGAGGCGCUCACCCGCCGUGGAUGCGAAGGGUUCCUCUUCCCUCCCCAAGCGCGUCUAUCAUUCCAUGACAUCCGCGGACUCCUCGAAUUUGAGCUUUAUGGAGAGGAGCCGGGUCCACCCGGGGGUGUGGAGCGCGGGCGCGCCCUUGUCGAUCGAUAUCGAGAACUCCACGGGGCGGUUCCCGAAGGAGCUCCGAAAGGGCACGCCGCCUCUCUACGACCUCGCGGGGAAUGGUGUGGUGGGGACCGCGACGAGCGAACUCGAGGCCUUUCUCUACGAAGUUGUGAAUCGCAUCGAGCAGCGGCGGGCCCGCGCGGAGAAACGGUUUAGCACUUCGCUGAGCGAUGACUGGCGGGUGUGGAAUGAGGAGAUGGCGGGGCGGAGUGGGGGCGUCAAACGACUGCCUUCACCCUCUACAAACCGAGGGGGCCAUAGCCGCGCCGGGUCGGUGCGCUCAAGAGCCUCGUCCCGGACGCCGAUGUCUCAGAUGCAAACAUCAUCUGGCAAUCGCCCCGUUCAGAUUCAGUAUGAGCAAGAUCAUUAUACCUCGAGCAACCACUCGCACACCAGAUCAGGAGAUCGAUUAUCGUCUAUUUGGUAA